GGCUGCGUCUGGUAGCAGGAGAAGAUGGCGGUCUCCACAGGAGUUAAAGUUCCUCAGAAUUUUCGCUUGUUGGAAGAACUUGAAGAAGGACAGAAAGGAGUAGGUGAUGGUACGGUUGGCUGGGGCCUUGAAGAUGAUGAAGACAUGACACUUACAAGGUGGACAGGCAUGAUCACUGGGCCACCAAGGACAGACUAUGAAAACAGAAUAUAUAGUCUGAAGGUAGAAUGUGGAUCUAAAUAUCCAGAAGCUCCUCCAUCUGUUAGAUUUGUAACAAAAAUUAAUAUGAAUGGGAUCAAUAAUUCCAGCGGAAUGGUGGAUGCACGAAGCAUACCAGUAUUAGCAAAAUGACAAAAUUCCUAUAGCUUAAAGUUGUCCUGCAUUAAAGUUGUCCUCCAAGAGCUAAGAUGUCUAAUGAUGUCCAAAGAAAAUAUGAAGCUUCCACAGCCACCAGAAGGACAGGCUUACAACAACUGAUUUUAGUGGAUCUCAAACUUGUCUUAAAUCAACAACCUUCUACUCAUGUUAAUGUCUGGAUUAAAUAUCACCAUGCAAAAUACCCACACAUUAAGUAAAAGAAUUCCAGCCGGUAAACAUGACCUGGACAGUUGUAAGAAUAUAUUUAAUAUAUGGACACCUAGUAUGUUUUCAGGGUAACAGGAGAAGUGCAGCACAAUUUUUCUUCCUCUUCUUAAAGCACUGUCAUUUAAACAUGAGCCUGAAGUAUUCAAAGUUGAAUUCAGGUUUUUAAGACAAAAGCAUGGCAAAGGAGUGUCAGAUGGCAGUGGAAACCUUCGUCUUUCUGAACAAUAAAGUCUCAAGAAGGAAGAACAGAAUGGCAUGCUUUAUCCAUCGUCCUUAGACUACAGCGAACUGUUUAAAGUAGCAGGUGUAAUGAGUAGCCACAGU